AUGCAACAAGCAACAGAUUUGUCACAAGAUGAGAAAAUUUGUGUGCUAGCCUUUGACGAAAUGAAGGUAGCGGAAACUUUCGAGUACGAUUGUACUAAUGAUGUCGUAAGACAGCCAGCAAAAUAUGUGCAGGUGGUAAUGGCACGUGGUCUAAAGAAAUCCUGGAAGCAGCCAGUCUUUUAUGAUUUCGACUCGCGAAAUACCGAAUACCUAAAUGGCACUGGAAAUGUCGAAAACGAUAACACUGAAUGGCUCAAUUCCACAGAUUUUACAAUAACAAGUUUGGCAAAAGUUGACGAAGUAUCGGAAGAAAUCCAUCUUGAUUGCCAAGCUCCGAUAUCGAUACAUGCCCCGAUGGAAGAACAGUUUUUAGACCUAGACGAAACGGAUUUAGACGACAUUGGUAUUCUUCAAGAGGAUGCUCUAGAAUAUAUAUCCGGAUAUAUCAUUCGAAAGCAUAACCUUGAAGAAUACCAAUGUCGUGAAAAUACGUUUACGCUCAGUAUUUUUGUAAAUUACUACACAUCGUAUCAACAUCCUAUGUCCGAUUUCGAUAAUAGCUCUAAAGAUUACGUCUCCUACCGACAACAAUUGGCCUCCUACCAACAAGAAUUGGUCUCCUACCAACAAGAAUUGGUCUCCUACCAACAACAAUUGUCUCCUACCAACAACAAUUGGUCUCCUAACAACAAUUGGUCUCCUAACAACAACAAUUGGUCUCCCAACAACAAUAAUUGGUCUCCUACCAGCAACAAUUGGUCUCCUAACAACAAUUGGUCUCCUAACAACAACAAUUGGUUUCCUACCAACAAUUGGUCUCCUACCAACAAUUGGUCUCCUAACAACAACAAUUGGUCUCCUACCUAUAAUAAUUGGUCUCCUUACAAAAAUUCUCCCAACAACAACAAUUGCAAUUGGCCUCCUACCAACAAGACUUGGUCUCCUACCAACAACAAUUGGUCUCCUUACAACAAUUGCUCUCCUUACAACAAUUGCUCUCCUAACAGCAAUUGCUCUCCUUACAACAACAAUUGGUCUCCUAACAACAAUAAUUGGUCUCCUACCAACAACAAUUGCUCUCCUAACAACAAUUGUUCUCCUUACAACAAUUGGUCUCCCAACAACAACAAUUGGUAUCUUACCGACAACAAUUGGCCUCCUACCAAAAAGAAUUGGUCUCCUACCAACAAUUGGUCUCCUAACAACAACAAUUGGUCUCCUACUAACAAUUGGUCUCCUUACAACAAUAAUUGGUCUCCUACCAACAACAAUUGGUCCCCUUACAACAACAAUUGGUCUCCCAACAACAAUAAUUGGUCUCCUAACAACAACAAUUGGUCUCCUUCUAACAACAAUUGGUCUCCUACCAUCAACAACUUGGUUUUAGCAAUUUAUCCCCUUCGUUUUCAAAUUCAUUACUAA